AUGGCUAUCAGGUUCACGGUUACCUACUCGGGCUACAUCGCCUCGAGUAUCGCCUCCUCAGCAUCCUCCAAAUGGGCUGGAUCCCGAUUCCUCCACGAGUGCGCAUUCCGUACCCGUAUCUUCCAUCACCCACCGUCCCAAAAGCCUGACUCCAAUUACUCCGAUUUCCGCCGGGCUAAACCCAGUCAUGGUCUUGUCGGAGCCUCUGUUCAGCCCAAGUCGUCGAUGUACUCGACGCUGGCAGAGGAACUUUUGGGCGACAGUUCGCGAUCGCCUCUGAUUAUGGGACUGAUUUCUUUGAUGAAGCAGUCAAUGGGGACAUCCAACGCGGGGGUUUUAGGAAUUUCACCGAUCAAGGCAUCGACCGUCAUUCCAUUUUUGCAGGGCUCUAAGUGGCUUCCGUGCAACGAGCCCAACAGUACGGAGGUAGAUCGAGGUGGAACCCGCAUCUGUAGCACCAAAAACAGCAGUAGCAAAGACCCGAUUGAAAGCAGCAGCAGCAGCACAGCUGUGGUUGAAAGCAGGAGCAGCAGCAAAGUUGUGGUUGAAAGCAGAAGCAGCAACAGCAAAGACGUGGUUGAAAGCAGAAGCAGUACGGUUGUCAUUGAAAGCAGAAGCAGCAGUAACAAAGACGUGGUUAAAAGCAGUGUUAAUAGUAGUAAAUGCUCGGAGGCGUUGGCGAUGGCCAAAAGUGGUGGUGCUAGUGGUAGUGUAAAAGUUUUGCAACAGAGUAUUGGCACUAGCACUAGCUGGCUGUCCAAAUUGAUGAAAUUUUCCAUCAGCUCAGAGGAUGCUAAAGCCGCUUUCACGGCUUUCAGUGUCAGUAUGUUGUUCAAAUCUACCUUGGCAGAGCCAAGGUCCAUUCCUUCGACUUCCAUGUACCCAACACUUGACGUGGGCGAUCGUGUAAUGGCUGAGAAGGUAUCUUACAUUUUCAGGAAUCCUGAAAUCCUGGAUAUUGUGAUUUUCAAGGCACCUCCAAUUCUUCAAACAUUUUGUGGUUUUAGUUCUGGUGAUGUCUUCAUCAAAAGAGUUGUAGCUAAAGCUGGGGACUACGUAGAAGUGCGUGGCGGAAAACUGUUGGUGAAUGAUGUUCCUCAAGACGAAGAUUUCAUAUUGGAGCUACAUGACUAUGAAAUGGACACAGUGCUUGUACCUGAAGGCUGUGUGUUCGUGUUGGGAGACAACCGGAAUAACAGCUUCGACUCUCAUAACUGGGGUCCACUGCCUAUCGAAAACAUCAUUGGUAGAUCAGUUUUCCGAUACUGGCCUCCCACAAAAGUGUCCAGCAUUCUGUACGAUUCUUCCCUACAGAGGAAUGUUUUUGCAUUUUCGUGA